AACCAUUAAAUAAAACAAACGUGCAAUAGUAAAAUUUUACAAUUUUAAGCUUUAUUUAAAAAAAUAACUUAAGGAAAUCUAAAUUUGAAAAUAUUGAUAUAAAAAAGGAAGAAAUAAUAUGGAACGUUGGCUAAAUAAAAUCGCAGUAGUAACUGGUGCCAGUUCUGGCAUUGGUGUAGCCAUUGUUAAGGAUCUUCUUAAAAAUGGUUUGCAAGUCGUUGGUUUAGCUAGACGUGUUGAACGUGUGGAGGAUAUUAAAAAGGAAUUGCCCAAAAACUUGCAAACAAAACUGACAGCUUUGAAAUGUGAUGUUUCCAAUCUGAAAUCGGUAAAUGAGACAUUUGACAAAGUUGUGGACCAUUUUGGUGGCAUUGAUAUUCUAGUCAAUAAUGCUGGUUGCCUCAAACUAGGACAAUUAACUACCAUGAAUGUAACUGACGCAGAAAAUAUUCUGCAAACAAAUGUCAUGGGUGUCGUCUAUUGUACGCAACGUGCUUUCCAGUCAAUGAAAAAACGUAAUUUCAAUGGUCAUGUUGUGCUCAUCAAUAGUGUAGCUGGCCAUAAUAUUAUUAGCAGUGUUGUUGGCAGUGCACCCGAAUUCAAUAUUUAUCCGGCUACUAAAUUUGCCAUAACCGCAAUGACAGAAAUCUACAGACAGGAGUUCAAUGGUUUGGGUACAAAGAUAAAAGUAACUAGCAUUAGUCCUGGCGCUGUGGAUACAGAAAUUUUAAAUACUAAUAUUAAAACUGCUCUAGAGGGUACUAUUCUAAAAGCUGAGGACAUUGCUUCGGGUGUUUUGUAUGCUAUUUCAACGCCACCUCAUGUGCAAAUUCAUGAAAUGAUUAUUAAGCCGGUGGGAGAAAUGUUUUGGAGAAAUAAUAUGGAACGUUGGCAAAAUAAAAUAGCAGUGGUAACAGGUGCCAGUUCUGGCAUUGGUGUAGCCAUUGUUAAGGAUCUUGUUAAUAAUGGCUUGCAAGUUAUUGGUUUGGCCAGACGUGUCGAACGUGUGGAGAAUAUUAAAAAGGAAUUGCCCAAAAACUUGCAAACAAAACUGACAGCUUUGAAAUGUGAUGUUUCCAAUUUGAAAUCGGUAAAUGAGACAUUUGACAAAAUUGUACAGCAUUUUGGUGGCAUAGAUAUUCUAGUAAAUAAUGCUGGUUGCCUCAAACUAGGACAAUUAACUACCAUGAAUUUGGCUGAUGCUGAACAAGUUCUGCAAACAAAUGUCAUGGGUGUCGUCUAUUGUACCCAACGUGCUUUCCAGUCAAUGAAAGAACGUAAUUUCAGUGGCCAUGUUGUGCUCAUCAGUAGUAUAGCUGGCCAUAAUGUUAUUAGCAGUGUUGGUGGUAGGACACCCGAAUACAAUAUUUAUCCAGCAAGUAAAUUUGCCAUAACUGCUAUUACGGAAAUCUAUAGACAGGAGUUUCGAGGAUUGGGUACAAAGAUAAAAGUAACUAGCAUUAGUCCUGGUGCUGUGGAUACAGAAAUUAUAAAUGACAGUAUUAAAACUGCUCUACAAGGUACUAUUCUAAAAGCUGAGGACAUUGCUUCGGGUGUUUUAUAUGCCAUUUCAACGCCACCUCAUGUGCAAAUCCAUGAAAUGAUUAUUAAGCCGGUGGGUGAAAUGUUUUAAGCAGA